UUUUAUAUAUAUAUACAUAUGUAUAUAUGUAUGUAUUUUAUGUUUAUAUAUCAUGUAUUUGAUCUCUCUUUUGAAUCUUUAAUUUUCAUUGUAGUCGUUAAUCCGGUUUUGAGAACCCAAGAAUGUGAUUUUUGUUUUUAACUAUAUGCAAACUGCAGAAACCCUAAAAAACUUGUUUUUAACACUUUAAGAGAAGGGUUGCAAGUGUCAGAGCUAAAGUGUUUUUGGGCCUCAUAAGAUCGCUGAUCCAAAAAAGAGUAAGAAGGAGGAGAGUGUAAGAACACAUAAAUAUAUGAUGGUGUUAAUGGGUUGUGAUGGCUUGACCGCUUCUGUAACCUCCUCUCAAGCCAUUUCAGUCCGCCAACACCCUCCCUUGUCAUGGAAGCCCAGAACCCAUCACCGCUGCCGCCGCCGACCACCCGCCCACCUGCCAUUACCAUCCUCCCUUGUCAUGGAAGCCCAGAACCCAUCACCAGUAACUUCAGUGGUUGAUUGCUCACACAGACCUGACAGUAAUUCUAAUAUCCCAUCAUAAGACCUAGACGAUAGAACAAUGAGAUGUUCCGUCUGUUAUGGAUAAAUGGACUGUAUAUCAUGAAUGUCUUAUUUCUUGUUCCUUUAUUAUGGAAUAUGAAUAAAUAGGAGAGUUCCAUACUCUUCUCUUUGUCAUACUCUUACUAUCCACACUAAUUGCGUGUUCCUUCCUUUCGAUUAGUGGUCUUUAUUGGUUGCGUAUUGGUUUCUUAAUUUUGGUUCCUUUUGAUCCAGCACUUCAGUUACAUAGUUUCGAUUGUGAUAUAUGGUUUCUCUUCUUUCCUCAGAUCUCUCUAAUUAUGCCUUAUUUUAUUUUAUUUUUUUGUGUGUUUGUUUUUUGCGGGCCUGCUUUAUCUCAUCCUCCAUGGGGUAAUCAGCCAAAGUUACCAGGCAACUUCCCAGCUAUCAAAAGAACUAGGUCACCUCCUGAUACGUGUCCAGAGCGAGAGAGAGCUAAACGAGAGAGGAAAGGAGAUCUUGACCAGUAUGAACGCUUGGGAGGCCCAUUGAAGCUUUCAAAACUUGUUCUUCUGAAAAGGUCGAGAAGGAUAGUUGAGGAUGUUUCAUCUCCUCCUGUAUCGAUAUCAUUGCCUGAUUAUGAAGCUAUCUCAUCCCAACUUCCAACUUCUCAAACUGAUUCUCCUACGGGUAAUAUAGCAAUGCCAUUGCAAAUUAUGUUUGGAAGUGUUGGUGAAGAGAGACUUCCAACUUCUCAAACUGAUUCUCCUACGGGUAAUAUAGCACUGCAAACUAUGUUUGCUGAAGACCUUGAUGAUGAAGAGCGUACAGAUAUUACAGAUAUACACCAAGAAGUUGAAAAUGAUGUUAGGAGUUAUCAUGAUGAAGAAGUUGCUGAGGCAAGACUAAAACUAAUCUUAAGAAUAUGGAGGCGGCACUCCUCAAAGAAAAGGCAGUUACGUAAGCAAAGGCAGUUAGCAGCAAAUGCUGCAUUAAAUUCCCCCUCAUUGGGUCCACCAAUUCGACAUAGGAAAGACCGACCAAGCAUGUUUGGCGAGUUCGACAUUGAUCGUGUUAUGAGCGAGAGAUACCAAAAACAUGAAAGAUCAUGGUCAAGGCUCAAUGUUUCAGAGGUGAUAGUGGGCGAGCUUGGUAGAAAGAACCCAGAAGCGAAAUGCCAUUGCUGGAAAAUUGUUUUGUGUUCUCAGAUGGACAACCCAGCGGGAGAGAAACUGGGACAAUGAAGCCAAGCUACCCCUUUAGCACCACACCCGUGGUUGCUUUCUAAGCUUAUGCCGACUGGAAAAGACGAUGACGAUCCUGUAAUCUCGUCCCCUGGUCUGUCAGUUUGGAAGAAAUGGAUUCCUUGCCAAUCUGGUGGCAACCUCACCUGCUGUUUGUCAAUCAUCAAGGAUACAAAAACUGAUUAUCUGAGUGAGGCGGUAUUAGGUGCAAGUGCCAUUCUUUUCCUUGUAUCUGAAAGCAUUCCUUGGGAGCUCCAAAAGAUCAGGCUCCAUAACCUUCUUAUGGCUUUACCUUCUGGUUCCUGCUUGCCUCUUUUGAUCUUGAGAGGCAGACUCGAAGAAAAUUCGGAUUCUUCAUCAACCGUGGUUGAAAAUUUGGGGCUCCAUGAUAUUGACAAAUCACGUCUAAGUAACUUUCUGGUGGUUCAUCUCGUUCAGGACCAUGAAGAUGAAAGAUUUGAUGGGUUUUUCAGUGACGAGCAAUUGAGAGAUGGGCUAAAGUGGCUGGCAAGUGAGUCGCCUUUACAACCUGUUCUGAGUUGUGUUACAACACAUGAAGUGGUUCUGACCCAUUUGAAUUCUUCAUUGGGGGAGCUUAAUGAGAUGAAUGCUUAUGAUGUGGGUCCAAACCACUGUAUCUCAACCUUCAAUGAAGCCCUGGACCGAUCAUUGGGAGAAAUUGCUGCUGCAGCUAAUGCGAACCCUGCUUGUUGGCCUUGUCCAGAGAUUUCUUUGCUGGAGUAGUCCAGUGAUGAAUAUAAAGCUGUGAAGUUGUACUUGCCAAGCAUAGGUUGGAGUUCAGCAGCAAGAAUUCAACCACUUGCGAGUGCACUAAAAGACUGUAAAAUUCCUACAUUUCUGGAUGAAAUGGUUGAAGUCGUCUGCAGCCCCCUUAUUUCCAGGAUAGGUUAUUCAGAGCAUGAAGCUUCUCAAUCUCCAUCAGUGGUUGUUUCCAAUGUUGGUAAGGAUCAAGAUUCUGCCAAUGCAAAUGACUUAGAAGAUGAAAUGAAUAUUGCACAGAAUGAUACACUGGUAACCAAUGGAUCAAACUACACUAGUAGUGAAUGGGUGGUGACCAAGGUCACAAAGGAAGCUGACAAACUUUGCAAGUUGUUAGAACAACGUAACAUAAUUCAGGACAUGUUUCUUAUUGUGAGAGAAUUCUUGUAUCAUAUAUGUAGCUUUUUGGCAACCAGUGUGUCGUCCGUUUUUUUUUUUAUUUUUUUCCUUCAAAGUUAUUUCAAACGCACCAUUCCUAUU